ACAAGCCACGCUCUCCGCUUGUGGCUAAGCUGCUGCACGCGCGGAACGACAAAAAUCCAGCACUAGCCAAAGCACAGGCGAAGAAGCAGGCGAGAGGCCACCACAAACAUGGCGACCACGGCGUUUCUACCCCCGGCCAAGCUGCCGCUGCAGGGGCGUCGGUUCGCUAGCCCCAAAACGGCGGGACGUAUCAGCGUCAGGGUCCCUCCGGCGCGAGCGCAGCAAGAGCAGCAGGUGAAGGAGGAGGAGGCCGAGGUGGCGAGCGUGCCGCCGCCACAGGACGCGGAGAAGCAGGCGAGGAAGGGGGACGCGCAGUCCCUGCCGCGGCAGCCUUUGGCGGAGAGCAAGAACAUGAGCCGCGAGUACGGCGGGCAGUGGCUGAGCAGCACCACGCGGCACGUCCGCAUCUACGCUGCGUACAUCGACCCGGUGACCAACGCGUUCGACCAGACGCAGAUGGACAAGCUGACGCUCAUGCUCGACCCCCAGGACGAGUUCGCCUGGACCGACGAGGCCUGCCAGAUGGUCUUCAACGAGUUCCAGGACCUCGUCGAUCACUACGAGGGGGCUGAGCUGUCGGAGUACACACUUCGGUUGAUCGGGUCAGACCUUGAGCACUACAUCCGCAAACUGCUGUACGACGGGGUGAUCAAGUACAACAUGAGGUCCAGAGUCCUCAAUUUCAGCAUGGGCAAGCCUCGCAUCAAGUUCAACAGCAACCAGAUACCAGAAAAGAUAUAGAAUGUACUUAUCCAACGCCCUUAAAAGAAUGGUUUCUCUCCAUUCGAUUACCGAGCAAGAUGUAUACUCUGCAGUCCCAGAUACGAUCCAGAGCAUUCCA